AUGGAAGCUCAAGCUUUUCAUGUCGUCUCUUCAGGAUUCUAUUAUACUUUCAGAAGAUCUUUGUUGUGCACAUUUUACAUGGUAUUAUUUUUACAGAAAAUUUUGGACAGACUUUUAGAUGUUGCAAAAGAAUGUGCAAGCCAAAAUUCGUUAGCACAUGAUAUAAUUGGGGAUUAUCCUGGUGAGUGAUAUGAAAAUCAUGCAUAUGAUUAGCUUUGAUUUUUAGAAAAGGAAGACUGCUUCAAUUACUCUUUGAAAUCCACAGAUGACAAGUUUUCGAUUUCCAGAGAUAAACGAACCGGAAAUAUGUGUUUUAUUCAUAUUAGAUAUGAUUAUGGAUAAUGUGUUAGUAGAGUUAACAUUAAUGCCACAUAGAUUCUUUCUGCAUUCAGGUGGGUAAAGUAAAAUGUAGAAGUGGAUCUGUAUCAGAGUUCAAUUUCUCGAUGUUCAUUGCAUUGUUAAGCUAUUUGUCUGAAUGCUGAGAAGACUUAUUUCGUAAAAAUCUAUAUAAGUGCAGGGAGUAUCUGGAGUACGCAAUCCUGUGGCAGACAACUCCAACUGUUGAUUCCCAACGAAUAUCAUUCUCCUUGUUAUGUCACAGAAAUGUACUUAGCUAAUUUCGUAUUGAGAUUUCUUAUUUCCGCGAAGUAUUUUGAUUUCCAUACAACAACAUUCAAUAUUUGAAUCCAGUUUAAUUAUUUACAUGUAUUUUGAUUGACUGUAAAUAAUCGUGUAAUUCAUCAAUGAAUAGAUCAUGAAACACAACUUCAAGCGAAAUAAAAACUUAUUAUACAAGUGCUGGUUCGAACGGAUUUGAUUUCAUUGGUUGCAGGAUUUAGUCACGAGUAUACCAUUGAAACACCUGGGAGUACCACUGGAGUCUUCAAUAGUGCCAGCUUACCGGGUUUCGAACUCAGGACAUUCCGGUAUGUAGGCGAGCUCGUUUUGCAAGAUGAAUGGGGCCUCUAGUGGUAGUAUUUGUUCUUUUUGUUCUCAGUUUCAUUUUCACCGCUUUUAGCAUCAGCCCAUUUCAACAACUCUGUAUGUUUCAUAUUCGUCGUUUUCUCUUUAGACCUUACUAGAUG